AUGGCACAACCUCCAGUUUCUCUCACACCUCCAGUCUUUAAUGGCGAUCAAUACCACAUGUGGGCAGUCAAGAUGAAGGCAUUCCUUCAUGGACAGGGUCUGUGGCAGUACGUGGAAGAGAACCGUCAAUUGCCUCCCUUGGGACCAAAUCCCACCCUGAAUCAAAUCAGGAUGCAUGAAGAAGAGGCUGCUAAAGCACCGAGAGCUCUUUCUCAUAUUCAUGCAGCAGUGACUGACCUUGUAUUCACAAGGAUCAUGGCGUAUGAAACACCAAAGGAAGCAUGGGAUAAGUUGAGAGAAGAGUAUACGGGUAGUGAUACAACAAGGGGCAUGCAGGUGUUGAACCUGAGAAGAGAAUUCGAGUUGCUGAAAAUGCAAGAAACUGAAAAGAAGAAUUGUGGAGAAAGUGUUAGUAAGCCUACCNAGCGUAUGCAAGAAUGGGAAGAAUGGAUUCCUUACGGCCCAAGUCUAGAAGCCGAAGGCUUCUCUCAGUUAAAAGAGCUUUUAAUUGUAAACUGUUCUAAACUCGUAGGAAGAUUGCCGGAAUGUCUUCCUUCAUUGGAGAAGCUUGUCGUUAGAAAUUGUGAGAAAUUGCUGGUGCCAGUUUCAGCUUUUCCUGCACUUUACAGGUUAGAAAUUGAUGGAUGUAAAGAGAUAGUUCAGAGAAGUGCAGCCAACCUGUCCUCACUAAGCUCGGUUGUUCUUUCUGAUAUUUCGAGUCAGGUGUUUGUAGAGCAGUUUAUGCAACGGUUAUCGAAAGUAGAACAUCUAAAGAUUGUUGGCUGCAAAGAGCUAACAUUUCUAUGGCAGAAUGGAAUUGGAUUACUCCAAGCUAUUAGCCCGCUUCAUCGACUGGAAAUAAAACAAUGUCCCCAACUUCUUUCCAUGGUCGCAGAAGAAGAAAAUCGACAGCAGCAAGGGGUGGCUUGUAGUUGUAAACUACAAUAUCUGGAAUUGAGCGAUUGCAAAUGCCUUGUGAAACUACCACAAGAAUUGCACCGAAUUAGUUCUCUUAGAAAGAUAUGUAUAUCAAACUGCCCCGAACUUGUUUCUUUUCCAGAGACUGGCCUUCCUUUGCAGCUAAGAUUCAUUGAAAUUGGCGGAUGCAAAGCACUUAAAUCCUUACCUGGGGCAUGGAUGAGUACCACCACCACCACAUAUCUUGAAAGUUUGUCUAUCAAAUAUUGUGGUUCUUUGCUAUAUGUUGCCAGAAUUCAGCUACCUAUGAGUCUAAAGAGACUUGAGAUUACAUCCUGCCAUAAUUUACGGUCUCUGAUCGAUAACGAUGAAGCUCCAAUAAUUUGCAGCUCUUCUCUCGAGUACUUGGAUACUAGAGAUUGUUCAUCUCUCACUUACUUGUGGCCGAAAAGGGAGUUACCUGUCACACUUCAACAUAUCAAGGUUGUCAAAUGUUCGAAGCUGGAGUCCAUAGCUGAAAGAUUUGAGAGUAACGCAUCUCUUGAAAGUAUUAAGAUUUCGCAGUGCGAAAAUCUGAAACUUCUACCUGAUGAUCUGCACAAACUCUGCCAUCUGUCAAAGAUUUUUAUAAGCCUUUGUCCGAAUCUUGUUUCCUUUCCAGAAGGAGGGUUGUAUUGCAAAAACCUGACAGAAAUAUGCAUGAUUGGGUGUGAGAAACUGGUGGCCCUGCCCAAUGUCAUCCACAAUCUGACCUCUCUUCAACAUUUGAAGAUAAAAAGAUGUCCAGCCAUUGUCUCCUUCCCUGAGAAUGGCUUUCCCACCAACCUAAAAUUACUUGAAAUUGAAGAUCUCAGGAUCCUGAAGCAAUUCUUUGAUUGGGGAUUGCUCAGACUCACCUCUCUUACACGACUCUUCAUCAGCGGUGGAUGCUCCGACUUGGUUUCCUUUCCACAGGUUCCGACCUCUCUAACCGCCUUAUACAUCAGGAACUUUCCGAAUUUGGAAUUCAUAUCCUUUUCUGAUCAAACCUUCUCUUACUUGGAAGAACUAUAUCUCCUCGACUGCCCCAAGCUCAAAUCGUUUCCAGAAAAGGGCUUGUCUCGCUCCCUUUCGCAACUAUACAUCUUCCAAUGUCCUCUGCUAGAACAAAAGUGUAAAAAGGGUAGUAAAUAUUGGUCCAAGAUUGCUCACGUCCCUUGCGUGUCGAAGUUGCUUCGACAGUUUGAAGUUUGA